AUGCAACUUUUGUUUGUUUCAUUGUCAUUUUAUAUUGGGGUUGUACUAGCCAAUUUAGCUAGAUUUGAUGAGAAUAGUUUAUCUCAAGUAUGUUCGGGAAUGUAUUCCAAACAAGAUUGGGGUGGAUCAUUCAAACCACAUAUUGGAUUGACAUUAAAUCAAUUUGAUACUUUGAAAUAUGAUCCGAAAAAUAACAAUAAAGAUGAAAAAGUCAAUGAUAAAGAUAUUUCAGUUAGUUAUAUUAUAUUUGAAUAUAAAGAUUUAGUGAAUAUUGGAGCUGAUUUAGGUGAUGGACGAUACAAAUUUAUAUGUGAUGAUUAUGCCAUUAAUGAAUUAAAAGUUUGUGAUGAAAAACAAAAGGGGAAAUUUAUUGUUAAUAAAAAUGUUACUAAUAGUACUAUAUUAACCGCCCAAUUGACUCAUUUAGGACAUGCAAAUAUCAAUUAUCCCGUGAAUGUCACUGGGUAUUAUUGUGUAUCAACAUUCACUCAAUAUGAAAACACCGUUUAUAAUGGACAAGUGAAUUUUCAAAAUGCUUUUGGUCAAUUAAGUGCUAGUGAAAUACCAAAAUUACCAGCUUAUGGUAUAUUAGCCAUUUGUUAUGCCAUUGCCUUGGCAUUAUUUGGUUUCCAAUUUUUUAAAAAAAGAAAGGAAAAUCAAAUAUUACCUUUACAAAGAUAUUUAUUGGCAAUGUUGGGAUUUUUAACGUUUGAUACUGUAGUAGUUUGGUCAUAUUAUGAUUUGGUCAAUAGAAUUGAAUCUCCCAGUAGUGGAUUUGCUAGGUUUUAUAUGAUAUUCCUUGCAUUAUUAAAUGCUGCCAAAAUCACGUUUUCAUUUUUUUUAUUACUUUGUAUUUCCCUUGGAUAUGGGGUUGUUAAAUUGAAAUUGGACAAAAAAGUCAUGUUUGGAUGUAAAGUUUUGGCUGGAUUUAAUUUUAUUGCUUCAUUUGUUUAUUUAUUUUUCAAUUAUUAUGGUGGUUCAUCAAAUGCCUUGGUGAGUACUGAUAGUAUUGACACUGCGGCAUCAGGUAGUUUUUUGGGAUUAUUACCAAUUAUCCCUAUUGCAAUUAUUUUAUCGAUUUAUUAUGUAACAAUUUUGGCUUCCAUUCGGAAAACUACGGAAAGUUUACAUAAACAACGUCAAAUUAUUAAAUUGAAUUUAUAUCAAAAUUUAUUUAAAAUUAUUUUUGGAUCAGUUAUACUAACAUUUUUAGGAUUAACAUUAUCAUCAUUUGUUUAUUUAAGUAUGUCAUCUACAGAAAUGUUUGAACAACAUUGGAAAGGAUCAUUUUUCAUUUAUGAUUUUUGGCCCAGUGUAGUGUUUUUCAUUGUGUUUAUGGCUGUUGCUUGGCUUUGGAGACCAACAGAAACAAGUUAUAUGCUUGCCAUUUCAUCUCAAGUUGCUAAUGAUGAUGAAAAUGGGGAAUAUCAACAAGGUAUGGAAUUAGAUACUUUUUCACUAAUGAGUCAUAGUGAUGAUGAUGAUGAUGAUGAAGGAGAUAAUGGAGAACAUAAUCCUCAAAGACAAGUUGAACGUGAUAGUUUUGAAUUACCUACCACCACCAAUAAUAAAAAUAAAAAUAUUCAACCGGAAAAUCCACCACAAUAUGAUCAAUUGGGUACUCAUGAACCACAUGAAGCUCCAAGUAGUACAUUAUUUGAAUUGGGUGAAGAUGAUGAAAUUAGUGAUCAUGAAGGUGAUAAUAGAUUGAAAGAUGAAAAGCAUAAAGAAUAG